GUUUAUGGUGUCGGUUCUGGGCUUGCGGGCCUUAGUUCAAAAUAGCAUAUUAUAGCUAUUUUUCUAAGUGUAUGCGUAGAAAUUCAUUGCAAUGAGUACUUGCAGAACCUGCCUAAAAUCUCCAGCCGAUAAAAAUAUUUCAGAGCUGGGUAAAGGUAUAGAAGAUGAUAAUAACCAGAGCGUCGAUAUCAUGGCAUUUUGUUUAGAUAUAAAGGUUACAGAGGACUCUAAAAUAACUACGAAUCUAUGUCACGACUGCUAUCGUAUAAUAAUAUCGUUUUACAAAUUUAAGAUACUAUCCUUAAAAAAUGAUGCAUACUUGAGAUCUCUAGAUGUUGUGCAGUUGAACGACCAAAAGAUUUCUUUUUAUGUGGACGAAAACGGCGUAAAACGUGCAAAUUUCUUGGAACCUGAUGUUUAUGGUUCACAUUUAGUUGAAGGUGGCAGUACAGAAAUUAGAAUAGACGUUAAACAUGAAACAUAUGAAGACCAUGGCACAGUAGAUGAAGAAAUAUUAGGAGAUACACAAACAUAUGAGGACCAUGACACAAUAGCAGAUUUCUUCUAUCCUUCGGUAUCCAUCAGUAGCCACCCCGCCCCUCUUAUGGAUGUAGAUGAUGAUGGAGGUAGAGACGGAGGAGAGCCAUCUAGCAAAGUAGAGGAUAUUAAAAGUAAAACUAUUAAAAGGGCUAACAGAACGGUGCCAAAACGUAAAAAACCUAAAUCCAAGAAAAAAAGCCAAUCAGCAAAAAAGAAAGGCCUGAAAGAAGAUGGAAAGGUGUCACCAGGGCCUCAUACCUGUGAGCAGUGUGGUGUGACCGUACUUGACAUCAAGUCACACUCCCUGACUCACACAUCAAAGGAUGAGCGAAGAAUGCUGAAGUGCAAGGCGUGCCCUAAGAUGUUUGUUUCCAGAGGUGGUAGACGCAGGCAUUUCAACAUCCACCAUUUAGGUCGAAAGGCCAAGUGUGAUAUUUGUAACGGAGAUUAUGUUCAUCUGGACACACACAUCAAACAAGUGCAUAAGAAGGACGAACUACGAUUUGCCUGUGAGACAUGUGGGCGCCGCUUCGUGUCCCGGCCUGUGCUGGACCAGCACAUGUUCUCGCACGCUGAGACCAUAGAUAAACAAUUUAAAUGUGACCUCUGCCCCAAGGAGUAUGCGUUCAAGAAGUGUCUUCAAGAUCAUAUAAAGCGAACCCAUGAACAUAGAAGGAACUACCAGUGCGAGUACUGUACCAAAACGUUCUACGCCAGAAAUGAAUUAGUAAAUCAUUUAAGGAUGCACACAAACGAGCGGCCAUUCGAGUGCGGAGAGUGCGGCAAAGCCUUCGCGUGGAGGAGGGCGCUAGUGUCGCACAUGCUCGUUCACAGCGGUAUCAGGGACUUCAAGUGCCAACUCUGCGACCAGACCUGCAGAACAACUUCCGACCUAAAGACCCACAUGAUCACGCACACGAAGGAGAAGCGUUACUCCUGCCAGCACUGCGGCAAGCGCUUCGGCCGCGCGGACUCCUGCCGGCGACACGAGGCCGGCCACCAGAAACAACCUGCUGCCGACUGAACACCCUAUUAAUUAUCUAGUAUUGAAUGAAA